AUGCUUGAUAACGCUUUAUUACAUUCUAAUGUUUGUUUUGUUACGCCAAUCGGUUCGCAACUCUGUCCCAAUUGUAAUCUUUGUCUACUUCAUGUAAUCGUGCAUCUUUCAAUCGUAGACCGACAGUCUCAGUUUCAUUCUCAGCGCUGGCCAGAACGAUGUUCGGGCUGGUUUGCUUUGCAUGGUUUGUACGCAACAGCUGCUCGAUUUAGGGAUCCCGUCCUGUACAAACCGAAAAAUCACGAACAAUACAAUCGCGAAGGAAGCAUUUGUCCUCAGAUGAACGAGCUCAGCUAUGCGGAUGCUAUACACGGUGAUGAAGAUUGCUUGUUUUUGAAUAUUUAUGGUCCACAGUAUGAUGGCAAGAAAGCUGGAUUCGGUGGCUUUCCAGUACUGGUGUUUAUCCACGGUGGAAGCUUCCAACUUGGCUCAGCUAGUUUCGAGUUCAGUGGAGCGGAUCUACUAGUGGAGAGGGAAACCAUCGUCAUCACCAUGAAUUAUCGUCUUAGCGUACUGGGAUUUCUGCACUAUCCACCGUAUAAUAUUACUGGAAAUUACGGCCUGAAAGAUCAACAGGCUGCCCUGAAAUGGAUCAAUCAAUACGUAAAGUUCUUUGGAGGAGAUCCCAACCGAGUAACGUUGAUGGGUCAAAGUGCCGGUGCUGCAGCGGUCAGCUAUCAUCUGUACUCCGAUCGUUCACGAGGAUUGUUUCAACAAGCAGCCCUUCUCAGCGGAUCGUUUCUAGCUCCGUGGGCUUACACGUACCGUCCAGAGUACUUUGCCGAGCAGUACUUCAAAGCAACUGGAAUAACCUCCCGUCAGCAACUGUACGAUCGCAACGCUAGUGAGUUGAUCAUGCUCAAUGACUGGAUAGGUUCGUACUAUUUCAGUCGCUUCAUCACGUGGACCCUUCCCACCAGGGAGGCCGACGAUGAUCCCAACCCGUUUUUCACGGCAUCACCCCAAGAAAUGAGCAUUCGAAAACGUGCCCUAGAUGUGCCACUGCUGGUCGGAAAAACGUUGCUUGAAUAUGAAACUGCCAUGCUUUACCAUUCCACACCAACACAAAGAACAAACGUUCCAAACAGGUGGAAUCCAAAGGUGUGGGAAAAGCUUAAAAGUUAUAUCGAUGCGAAUAAUCAGCAGUUUAAAGCAAAAGGACUGAUAUCAAACCAAAGAGAGUUUACCAUCAAAUCUUCAAACAACGCCGAUAUAAACUUCCCACUUGAGCACUCGAUUGAUCAAAUGGUGGCAAAAGGACACACGGCUCUCAUCUUUCUGUACCGGUUUGACUUUGAUGGAAAGUUUGGAAUGUACAAAAAUGACGUCAUUAAAUCACAACUGAUUGAUACCCGUUACGGAGCUGUUCAUGGAGAUGAUCUUGGGUACAUCUUUAAUCCGUACAUUUUAAGGGAGGCCCUGAACAGGAACAAGAAUUAUCAAAAAGAGUGGAUGGUUCAUGGCAGGAUGUCAGAGAUGGUGGCCAAUUUCGUCAAAUUUGGGAAUCCAUCUCUGGAGGAUUUUAAAUGGAAAGCUUACAAUGCAGAAUCCGAUAAAAAGCUGUACGCAGUUAUUGACGAGUCUUUUGAAAUGAAAACAGGCAGCUUGAUGGAGCCUCACUUUUAUAGCUUCUGCAAAGAUGUUUAUGACUGUUUAUAUUACUUCAAUUGCACAUCCAUUGAAAAUGCUAACUAAGAAUAUUUGAUUUACACAGCUCGAGCUUGUAUCUCU